UUGCAAUUAUUUACUAGACACAAGCUAUAAAAGGAAAACUUUACGUGUUGAACAAAGACAGAAGGGAUAAGGAAGAAGUGGACUUUGAAGACCCAGUUUUAAAGCACCGAAGGUGAAUAUUAAAUGGGAAACGUGCCGCGGCGGUGCGUGAUUUGACUCACUUCUGUAAUCAAAUUUUAAUUUUUUUUUUCUUCGUAUUAUGACGUUUUGCUACAAUAGUUGAUGGACGAAUUCAGGUGAAAAAUAUAACGCGCUUUCUCUAAGCGAUUUUGGGAAAAGCGAAUUUUAGUUAUAAUGUGCCUUUUGACGGACGUAAAAUGGUUCCGUUGGUGAUCUUCGUUUUGGUGACCCUCCUAUUACAAUUGACAAGUACCCAAAAUGAGACGGAAGAAUUACUGUACCAGCACCAAAUGCAAAACAGACUGCGACGGACGAUCAACAUCGGACCUUGCAGGAUCGUCUUGUAUUCAGAAUGUCCAGAUCCGGAGGUGACGUUUUUCAUGUAUUCCACCGCUCAUCCAGAGAGUCCCGAGCAGGUUUACACCUCGACCAACCUGCGGGGGACGAAUCUACAAAAAACCUCUUUCGAUCCCCGCAAACCCACCAAGGUGAUCAUACACGGUUAUAAUUCGAAUAUGUUCCUAAGUGCCCUUACUGAAUUAAGGCAAGAAUACCUUAAAACAAACGACUACAACAUUUUCGCGGUGGACUGGAGCCCUUUGAACAAAUCCCCUUGUUACCCGGCGGCAGUGUGGAACUCCCGACACGUUGGCACUUGCGUAGCCCAAUUAAUCGAUAGAAUUCGGGACAUGGGUGCCGAGAACAUCCACGUAAUCGGGUUCAGUUUAGGUGCCCAUAUAACCAACUAUCUCUCGAUAGCGCUUCGGCCUUAUAAGCUUCCGAGAAUCACGGGGCUGGACCCGGCCCUUCCAGGCUUCAUAACGGGAAACCUGGACGAAAAGCUGGAUAAAAGCGAUGCCACGUUUGUGGACGUUUACCACACCAAUGCCCUGAUGCAAGGAAAAGCCGAGGAGAGUGGCCACGUGGAUUUUUAUUUUAAUGGGGGGUCAGUACAACCCGGGUGCUGGGGACCAGAGUUUUUCUCUUGUAACCACCAUAGGGCUCCGCUGUACUACGCGGAAUCGAUUAACUCGGACGCGGGAUUUUGGGGAUGGAAGUGCCCCAGCUACUUUGACUAUUUGGGGGGCAGGUGCCCCCCGAGUGUUUCUAAUGAACUGUACGUCUUGGCAGGCGAAAAAUUGAGGCAUGGGAUAGUAGGUACAUAUAUGGUGAUCACUGGAUCUUCACCACCGUUUGCUAUUGGGCCGUACAACUUCACCACUGGUGCCUGGUUGAAGGGCCAGAAACCGGUUGAAGAUACUCUGGAUAAUUCCAUUGGAACCGACCAAGAGUACCAGCAGCCGGACUUUGAAGUUGAUGUAGUUGAACCUGACGAACUUUUCAAUCAACUGUUGGAGCAGAAAGUUGAAAAUGAACGUCUGUACAAUAAUGUUUUUGGGGGAGCAAUAUACGAUAAUUUGGUUUAGGGGU